GGGAGUAUAGCAAAAGAUACUUUUCAUUUCAAUUAGGAUGGCCGCUGCACUCAACAUGAGACCCUUCUUUGCUGGUUAUCCUUUUCAAGGUCAAGGUCGAGUAAAUCAGCUCGGAGGAGUGUUUAUCAAUGGAAGACCGUUGCCUAACCACAUAAGGCUAAAGAUAGUUGAAAUGGCUGCCGCUGGAGUAAGGCCUUGUGUCAUUAGCAGACAGCUUCGAGUGUCCCACGGAUGCGUAUCCAAGAUACUUAAUCGAUACCAAGAAACUGGCAGCAUUAGGCCUGGAGUAAUUGGUGGAAGCAAGCCAAGAGUUGCUACCCCAGAAGUUGAGAAAAAAAUAAAGGAAAUAUUGAAAGAAAAUGCUGGUCUUUUCAGCUGGGAAAUUCGAGAUAGAUUGAUCUCGGAGGGCAUUUGUGACAAGAGCUCUGCUCCAAGCGUUAGCUCUAUUAGUCGUUUGUUAAGGGGCUCCCGUUCUCACCAUAGUUCUCGUUCCGACUCAGGCAGCGAUUCUUGCGAUGGCAGCAAAAAAGCUGAUCACAGCAUUGACGGAAUUCUUGGAGGUCGAGCACCUAAUGAUGACUCCGACUGCGAUUCUGAACCUGGAAUUCCUCUAAAACGAAAGCAACGGCGAUCUCGAACAACUUUUACUGUGGAACAGCUAGAAGCACUUGAAAUGGCAUUUGAACGUACUCAGUAUCCAGAUGUCUUUACGAGGGAAGAACUUGCUCAGAGAACAAAUUUGACGGAAGCAAGAGUGCAGGUAUGGUUUAGCAAUCGCAGAGCUAGAUGGAGAAAACAAGUUGGCGGUCAACAAAUUUCGGCUGCCUUUUCCGCUGCUCCUACCGUUCCUUUAGCUUAUCCAAACCCUUGCUUUGAAAAUUCCCCAAAUACACUGCAAGAAAGAGAUACUAGUGGCUGGCACAGACCAAUUGUAGCAUCAACCAACAUAAACAACACAGCACCUCCAACUGCAUUUCCAACAUUUACUCAAAAUCAUCCACCUCAUAAUGCCUAUGCACAACUUCCUCCUGAGCCUUGUGUGAAUCCUUCCCAACAGAUGUUUUCAAUCUUAGGAAAUUCCGGGGUUCCAUCAAUAAAUUCAUCUGCAACUGGUGAAUAUCAUCCGCAUACUCCAGCUACAUCAUCAACGAGUGUUGAUAUGGCAUGGAAUAAUCCGAAUCAUCUAGGUUCUAGAAUACCGGAUUCUACGAACGCACCACCCUACCACACACCUUUUCAGCCAGCCACUACUGAAAAUUUUGGAAUGUUCAGUAAUAGCGAGUCAUUUAUGACCCCAAAUUUCAACAAUUUGCAAUCCCAUGCUUUUAUGCCUUUGGAUAUGAAAAGCACUUUUUCCUACGGAUCACAAUUUCCUGUUAAUUCCAGUGCUGUCUGCAAAGAAUUCGAUACAUCAUGCAAUGUGCUGGCUAAUCUGAGGCAAAAAUCAAGAGAACAUACAGCUGCCUUAGGACUAUUCUAGUUUUACGAUGGAAAAUAUUUUUUUAAAAAUUAUAUCAUU